UUUCUUAUAUGACGUUGCAGUGUGCUCUGGCGUGAGACCGACAUAUGUGUCGACGUGUAGAGAAGUCACGUGACCACCGGCCUCUUUUUCGUGCCAUGUUGGAGGUUUUAGUGUCGAUUUGAAAGUUGUUCCGGGGUUGUGUUCAGAGUAUUGUGCAUUAGUUACGUAGUGUACAACGAGAAAGCGACUGUGCGGAAUACUAUAAUUUUCAUUAUAAGAUCAAGAUGGGAUUCAAAUUUCUUGAAGUUAUAAAGCCGUUUUGUAUUGUGCUGCCAGAGAUUGAAAAACCGCAAAGAAAGAUUCAGUUCAGAGAAAAAGUAUUAUGGACAGCAAUCACAUUAUUUAUUUUCCUGGUCUGUUGCCAGAUUCCUCUUUUCGGCAUCAUGUCUUCUGAUUCAGCUGAUCCUUUUUAUUGGCUGAGAGUUAUUAUGGCAUCCAACAGAGGUACAUUGAUGGAACUUGGUAUUACUCCUAUUGUUACAUCUGGUCUCAUCAUGCAGCUUCUCGCUGGUGCAAAACUUAUUGAAGUUGGUGACACACCCAAAGACAGAGCUCUUUUCAAUGGGGCACAAAAACUUUUUGGCAUGAUAAUUACAAUCGGACAAGCUGUUGUUUAUGUAAUGACUGGAAUGUAUGGUGAUCCUUCAGCAAUGGGACCUGGUAUCUGUUCCCUAAUUAUUAUUCAGUUGUUUGUCGCAUCACUUAUUGUACUUCUGUUGGAUGAAUUGCUUCAAAAAGGAUAUGGUUUGGGUUCUGGUAUCUCUCUCUUCAUUGCUACAAACAUUUGUGAAACUAUCGUAUGGAAGUCUUUCAGUCCUGCAACUGUCAAUACUGGAAGAGGCACUGAAUUUGAAGGAGCAGUAAUUGCUUUGUUCCAUCUACUGGCAACUCGUACCGAUAAAGUUCGUGCACUCAGAGAAGCUUUCUACAGACAAAAUCUUCCAAACUUAAUGAACUUGCUUGCAACUAUCAUGGUCUUCGGAAUUGUCAUAUACUUCCAGGGAUUCAGGGUGGAUCUUCCCAUUAAAUCUGCACGCUAUCGUGGUCAAUACAGCAGUUAUCCAAUCAAACUAUUCUACACAUCCAACAUCCCGAUCAUCCUGCAAUCAGCUCUUGUAUCCAAUUUGUACGUUAUUUCACAAAUGUUGGCCGUCAGAUUCAGAGGAAAUUUCUUCAUCAGUUUACUCGGUGUUUGGGAUACUGUUGAAGGUGGUGGCCCAGCUCGUUCUUACCCUGUUGGUGGUCUCUGCUACUACCUCUCACCACCGGAGUCAUUUCUACAGAUGUUGAUGGAUCCUCUGCAUGGAUUCUUAUAUAUUGUUUUCAUGCUUGGAUCAUGUGCAUUCUUCUCCAAGACAUGGAUUGAAGUAUCUGGAUCUGCUGCCAAAGAUGUUGCGAAACAAUUGAAGGAACAACAAAUGGUUAUGAGAGGUCACAGGGAGAAGUCAAUGAUCCACGAGUUGAAUAGAUAUAUUCCAACUGCAGCUGCUUUUGGUGGUUUAUGUAUUGGUGCUUUAUCUGUUAUGGCCGAUUUCAUUGGAGCUAUUGGCUCAGGGACAGGUAUAUUGCUGGCUGUCACCAUCAUCUAUCAAUACUUCGAAAUCUUUGUUAAAGAGCAAGCAGAAGUUGGAGGAAUGAGCACUCUGCUUUUCUAAUGUUUAUCCCUUAUGAACUAAUACAGAUGUUAAAUUAUGAAAAUGUUCUGUGGUCAUAUUCUAUGUAUUUUGAGAACCAAUUUUUUAAAAUUUUGGUGACUGGUGAGCUGGAAAGAUAGCCUCUAUUUAUUACGCUUUCUUUACAGAAUUUAAUAAAACUGGGUGGAAUUCAAACGUGAUUUAUCCACUUUGCAAUGCAAUCAAAGAACUGUACUGAGUUUUUCUAAGUGUGCCUUUAUGAAAAGGAGAAAUAAAUUUAAUGGCUAUUUGAA